AUUCAACUCAAGAAUCGAUCUUGAUGAGAAUAUUAUCGUAAUUGACUAAGACCUUAUGAUUUUUGAGACCUCAAACACAGCCCACCACGAAAUUUACAAAGGCAUUCACAUUCAAACAGUUGAGCGACGAGUUUUUAUUCCAGAUUUCGUCUCAUAGUCGCUGUCACUACUACUACAUUUUCAUUCAUUCAUCUCUUUUUUUUUUAUUAAAAACAUUAAAUAUUGGCAGACCCCAUUUUCCGUGUUUUCAGUUUUUAGCUUCCAAAACGGAAGCUUUCGACUUAUUCAUUUUAUUCUUUGUGCGCGUUCAUCAAUAUCUGCUGGCUACACUUGUAGAGUUGUAGUCUCCAAAUUUGAUGAUCGCAGUUAUAUGUAAACAUUUUUGCCCAUUCGAAAUAUAAAAGGUGAAUUUCUUUUUGUGUUGUAUACAUCGGUUGUCUAUUCGGGGGCAACUUUGCCUUUUGAAGUUGCAGACCACUCAAGAAAAGUUGAUCGUACGUGUAAUAUAUUUGACUGAUUUUGUUUUCUGCAACUCAAGUGUGAGAUUUGAAGCCCCCCUUUCUCUUUUUGUUUAUCUGGGUUUCUUUUGGGUGAUAGAGCUGGGGUUUUCAGUAAGAUUUUUAGCAAUUUUACGGUUGUGGGUUUUGUUGUGAGAGAAAUUUAUGAUCUGAGUUCAGCAAUUUGAUGCCGGUGAUUGCGGUUUCUGUCUGCUGGGAUUGCAUUGCAAGAUUUGAUUCUGGAGCAGGAAUGGUAGAAUUUGAUUGAUUUGGAGGCUGAUGUGAUGUCAUCUGCAUCUCCGUCCCCAAAUUCUCCCGUUGCUGCUGCGCCGCCACCAAUUUCCACCUCUCCUCCGCCUCCUCAGUCUUCGACUCCAUUGGAUUCUCCAACACCAGAACUUGCCCCACCACCUCAGCUCCUUUCACCUCCGCCGAAUCCUCCUCGUGCACCGCCACCUCAGCCGGAUUCAUCUCCACCAACCGCCUCACCACCACCACCACAAACCCCUCCUGAGGAAGCUGUAACUCCCAUGGCUUCACCACCACCAACUUCCUCUCCACCUCCACCCGUCGAUGCAUCUCCUCCGGCCAAUGCGCCUCCUCCGUCUAGUCCACCUCCUCCAUCAACUCCACCUCCUCAGCCAUCAAGUCCUCCUCCAAUUUUCUCUCCACCUCCACCUGAUCCACCACCAACAAGUCCUCCUACUUCACCACCUCCCUCAACUAAUCCUUCCCCACCCCCGCCAGCACCGACAAAUAGUUCCCCACCUCCACCAUCAACUUCACCGCCGAACAAUUCUCCUCCUCCUCCUCCUCCACGUCCGCCUCCUGAUAAUUCACCUCCACCACCGUCACGUAAUCCCCCUGCAAGUUCCCCUCCACCACCAUCAAAUAGACCUCCCCAAAAUUCACCCCCCCCACCACCAGCAGCCGUGCCACCCCGCAGCCCUUCCACUCCUCCAGUACCUUCUCAGUCUCCACCACCUCCAAAUUCUCCUCCAAGACCACUACCACCACCUUCAGGAGGAACGUCACCACCUCCUCCUUCCACAGCCUCAUCACCACCCCUUUUUUCCCCUCCAUCUCUGGAUCCACCACGUGAUACCAACUCCAAUGAUGAUGCACCGCAAAGUUCACAACCCUCAAGUGGUGGUGGCCCCAGCAACGUAGUCCCAAUCGGAAUUGGCAUUGGCGUGGCUAUUCUAUUUGUUGGUAUAAUUGGAGUUGUAAUAUGGCGUUGCUUGAAGAGAACAAGAAAGACUUCUGGCCACAAUGGGGGUUACAUCAUGCCAACCUCAAGUUCCUCUCCAACGUCCGGUGCUAGUUUACUUAAAGUACAAGUAUCAUCACCAAAUAAUGAAAGUGGUUCUGGAAAUGGCACUACAUAUUCACCCCGUGAGCCUGGUUUGGGGAACUCAAGGUCAUGGUUCACCUACGAAGAACUAGCUAAUGCCAGUAACAGAUUUUCGGCCCAGAAUCUCUUGGGCCAAGGUGGUUUUGGUUCUGUAUACAAAGGAACUCUUGCAGAUGGUAGAGAAGUAGCAAUUAAGCAGUUAAGGAACGGUGGAGGACAGGGGGAGCGGGAAUUCAGAUCCGAAGUCGAGAUAAUUAGUCGUAUACACCACCGCCAUUUGGUCUCACUUGUAGGUUAUUGCAUUUCUGGGGAAAGAAGACUGCUUGUAUUAGAUUAUCUUCCUAAUAAUACCCUCUACUUCCAUCUUCAUGCUGAAGGUCAGCCUGUCUUGGACUGGGAUACACGUGUGAAGAUUGCUGUUGGUGCAGCUCGUGGGAUAGCUUACCUUCAUGAAGACUGCCAUCCUCGUAUUAUCCAUAGAGAUAUCAAGUCGUCAAAUAUCCUUCUAGACAGCAACUUUGAAGCUCGGGUUUCCGAUUUUGGACUAGCUAAAUUAGCUAUGGAUGCAAAUACACAUAUCACCACACGCGUAAUGGGAACUUUUGGAUACAUGGCUCCCGAGUAUGCAUCCAGUGGCAAGUUGACUGAAAAAUCCGACGUGUAUUCCUUUGGAGUCGUGCUCUUAGAGUUGAUUACUGGACGAAAGCCUGUAGAUACAUCUCAGCCGCUAGGGGACGAGAGCCUCGUUGAAUGGGCCCGGCCUUUAUUAAGUCAUGCAGUCGAGACAGACGAAUUCGGGGCAUUGGCUGAUCCAAGCCUGGCAGGAAAUUUUAUUACUGGCGAGAUGUUCCUGCUAAUUCAAGCUGCAGCAGCUUGUGUUCGCCAUUCAUCCACGAAGAGGCCCACAAUGGGACAGGUUGUGAGGGCGUUCGACAAUAUGGUCACGUCAGAUUUGACAAACGGGAUGAGAGUCGGGGAAAGUGAAAUAUUCAACUCUGCCGAACAAUCUGAAGAGAUCAGAUUGUUUCGGAGGAUGGCAUUUGGAAGUCAAGAAUUUAGUACUGAUUUCUUCACGCAAAACAGCGGGAGCAGCGAACGCAACCGACAAAGUAGCCAGAGAGAUUGAUGGAAAUGAGAUGCAGUUUCCAAUCAAGAAUGAAUUUUUUUGAAGUAAAUGAAAAUGGCAGGUGAUGCUGGUUGAGAGGUACUAGCCGCAUUGAGCUAUAACUGACUCCACUUCAACUUAGUUGUUUUAGGCUCUUGUAGAUUCUGUGUAUUCUAUUUCUAGGACCAAUUUUUUCUUGUACAUAGGUCUUCUUUUUUCUUUCUUUUGUGGGGUUUUUAGUUCUAAUAAAGUUCAUUCAAUUUUGCCCUUCA